AUCACAUUUGCAAUCCAAAUUGCCUCUGGCAUGCAGUACCUUUCAUCGAUCAAGUGCAUCCAUCGAGACUUGGCUGCGCGGAACAUCCUGGUUGCCGAAGGUUACGUCAUGAAGGUUGCCGACUUUGGGCUUGCUCGGGAUGUUCAGGAUCAUGAGUACUACCGGAAGAUGACACCCGGGAAGGUCCCGAUCCGUUGGAUGGCACCGGAAUCGUUGGAGCACCUUUUCUUCGAUUCGCGGACGGAUGUCUGGUCGUUUGGUGUGCUACUGUGGGAGAUCAUGACGCUCGGUCGUCAGCCGUACCUGAACGUCACCAGUUGGGAGUAUCUGUUGGAGUACUUGAAGCAAGGGAAUCGCCUGGAGAAGCCAGCCGAGUGUCCUGAUGGUGUUUAUGCUGUUAUGAGGGGGUGCUGGCAGCUGACACCGCAGCAACGCCCAUCGUUUGGAGAAGUUGUGGAUCACAUGAAGCUGUGCUUGGAUGCGAUGGAUACGUGA